AGGCUAAAUCGCGCAGCAAACUACGGUCCUUUAAGCUUUGACUUGAGGUCUGAGGAUGCUGUCUGUUUGUCUCUGCAAAAUGCAAAUCCAAAUUCAAUUCUUGCUGCCAAAGCCAAAACAAAACUGAGUCAUUUCUUUGUUUAGGAGUUUGGUUCUGCAAAAAGCCAAAAAGAAGAAGAAGAAUAAAUGGAAGCAGAGACCUCAAACGGUGGUGGUAUUGGAGGCCUUUACGUCAAAGUUAUGACCGACGACCAAAUGGAACUGCUCAGGCAACAGAUUUCUGUCUACGCCACCAUCUGUGAACAGCUCGUUGAGAUGCACAAGGCCGUCACUACCCAACAGGACCUCGCAGGGCUGAGGCUGGGUAAUUUGUACUGUGAUCCGUUGAUGGCAUGCUCUGGACACAAGAUAACUGCGAGGCAGCGCUGGACUCCAACGCCUCUGCAGCUUCAAAUACUUGAGCGUAUUUUUGAUGAGGGAAAUGGCACUCCGAGCAAGCAGAAGAUCAAAGACAUAACCAUUGAGCUGGGCCAGCAUGGCCAAAUAUCAGAGACAAAUGUUUAUAACUGGUUCCAGAAUAGAAGAGCUCGUUCAAAGCGGAAGCAACUCACUCCUGCACCCAAUGUUGUGGAGCCAGAAGUUGAGUCUCCAAAAGAGAAAAAGACUCGUGCAGAAGGCUUUCAGGUUCAACCCUAUGAGAAUUCAUCACCUCAUAGGAUCAAGGAUAUGUACAUCCAGAGUCCUGACAUAGGAUUUGACCAAUUACUGGGUAAAAUAGAAGUUGCAAGCUGCUACAGUUCUUAUUUUCUUUGAGAAAUCUGUGGAAUGGAUGGGUUGAAGACUUAAAUUCUUGAUUGCAGCUUGGUGGACUCAAGUUUGUUGAUGAUACUGUUAGAUAUAUGGGCUUUUUGUCCAAUAUGUUGAUGAACCACACAUGAUGUGGUAUAACUAUAUAUUGUAUAAAUUGUUUUUGCUUAGGUGCUUUGCAGUGCUAACUGUUGACAACCGUUACUGUGUGACAUGUUACAAUUUUACAAGUUUAAACAUUAUUUCUUCUCCUAAUUACUGUGA